UGUUGACUUGGCAAAAAGAAAGAAAAGAGAACAAAGAGAAGUCCGUCGGCCCAUCAGUAUUGGCUCUAGCACUUUGGGACUUGAUUGAAACAAUAGAACAAACACAUUGUGCUCAUCAUUUGGAGCAAAGACCCCAAAUACCCACCCAGUUCAUGGGGAGAUGGAGAGCUGCUACUAAUUUUGUAGCUCGAAUUAUUGCAGCCAAAUCUAGAUCAAUCCCUCAAAACCCACUUCACAAAAUCCACAUAUUUUCGUCAUUAGCUUCAGUACCACCCAGAAUUCAAUUCUUGAAUUUCAGGUCAUUUUCUGCAGCACCAGCUACAUAUCCACAAUAUGUGGAUGAUUUUGAGUAUAACAACAACCUCCAUAAGCUUGACGAUGAUGAGGAAAUUGGAAAAAUUCCCGUUAAAGCUUACUUCCUUUGCACCAGUAUUGAUUUGAAGCGCAUGCAAGCUGAAAAUUCAGCAGAUGUUCUUCCGUCAUCGUCCCGCUCACCGAAUCAUAUAGCCCUCAGAUUUUUCAAUCUUCUAUCACAAAAUUCUGCCCGUGGAUUUGGGGAAAAGACAAAUAGUUGCAGUUAUAUGGUUGUGUUCCAGUAUGGUUCAACUGUAUUAUUCAAUGUGGAGGACGAUGAUGUUGAGUACUACUUGCAAAUUGUGAGAAGAUAUGCAUCUGGGUUGCUUCGUGAGAUGAAAAAAGAUGAUUAUGCUGUAAAAGAGAAACCAUUGCUGGUUGAGGAUAUGCAGGGAGGUGCAGAUCACAUAGUUCUGAAAAAGUUGGACACAGAUAGUAUUCGUAUAAUUGGCAGUGUGCUUGGACAAAGCAUUGCCCUUGAUUACUUUGUCUCACAGGUUGAUGGUAUGGUUGAAGAGUUUGCUGGGAUAAAUCGGGAAAUGGAGAAAACGGGCACUUUCACAAUGGACAGAAAGAAAUUGUUUCAACUUGUUGGCAAGGCUAAUUCAAAUAUAGCUGAUGUGAUUUUGAAAGUAGGUAUCUUUGAAAGGUCUGAAAUUGCUUGGAGAGAUGCAAAAUAUGCUCAGAUACUGGAGUACCUUCGGGAGGAAUAUGAGGUCUCACAACGUUUCGGGAACCUCAACUUCAAACUAAAGUUUGUCGAGCAUAACAUUCAUUUUCUUCAGGAAGUUCUUCAAAAUAGGAAGUCAGAUCUGCUAGAAUGGUGCAUCAUCGUCUUGUUGGCCGUAGAGAAUGUAGUAUGCAUAUAUGAGAUUGUUCGGGAUUCAACUGCAAUUCCCAUGUGAACAGAACACAACCAUAUUCAAUUUCUCAGUAGCCAAUAAAUAGUAACAGUGAAACGUAGUAGGAUCGAUAUAACGAUAAUUCAUAGAAAGCAACCACAUUUCUAGGCAUUCAUAUUGCAAUUGUUUUAUAAUUUGUCCAUCUUAUACCUUUGUCUUUUGCUAUUUCUUAACUGAGAUGUAAGCAUAUACAUCCAUACGACAUCGUCAUGAAUUAGUUACGAUGAUCAUUUUUUUGUCGCAAAAUUAUGUUUAUUUAA